CGCCCGUUUCCCUCCUGCCGCGAGGGACCCACGCUUCCGUCUCGCGAAUACCGCGGAGCGCGCGCACGGCACGGCACAGCACACGGAAGAGGAACGCGCGACGGCACCAGAUUCCGCGCGCGCAAGGAACGCGAGGGCAGAAGGGAGAGAGAGGGAGAAGGAAGCGUUCUGCUAUUUUCGAGACGCCGCGAAGUCUUGCCAAAGCGGCGUGCCCUCCCCGGCCCGCGGACGGCGAGAAUCGCGGCCGGAAGGUCGCGGCGGUAAGCCCGCAUUUCCGCCCGAUCGGCCCCGAAAGCCGGGGGAUCGUCGAUCGAUCUCGAUCGCCGAGCGGCGCGAUCGCGGUUCCCCCGGAGUGCGCGCGACACGGUCCAGCGACACGAUAUCCGGGCGCUCGCUACGUAAACCUUUCCGUCAACGGGGGAAGCGGACACCCCCGCGCGAGAUCCUGUGCUCAACGAUAAGGAGAGAAGCUCGGAGUGUUGUGAUAAUCCGCUCAAGUUCUCUUAGGAACGCCUCGCCUCGAGAGUGGUUCUAGUUUAAUCCGAUCGACGGGGUUGGUUUCUGGUCAAUUAAUACACCGCGGCCGGAGCGGAGCCGUCGUUUCAAAUCGUCGCGGGGGACCGCCGGACUGUAACGAAAAAUUGGACGCUCGUUCGCGAUCCCGAGAGAACCCCGACGCGUCGACGUUUCCUGCCGUAACGGGACCCAUCGUCGUCAUCGACGUACCGCAUCUCCGGUGGGUUUUUCCCGGCGUUCGUCGAGUUUCCCCGCUCGCGGCGGAAACCGCGUUCCGACGACAUCUCGCGAUCGCUUUUACGAGCGAGACGCGGCAAUAGCCGGACAACCGACCGGAGGGAUCUGUCGCCCGCGGAUCGACGAUCCGGAUCGCUUUUACGGCACGCCGUUAUCGGCGGUAAAGCGCACACGCACGUCAUAUCAGGCACGCGAGAUAAGAUCGGCGUCGGAGGAGGAGAAGGGAAUUGCGAGGAGCGGAGCCAAUCGCGUCGACAAAUACGAUUCGAUCUCUGGUGUACGGAAGAGGGACUCCACGCUGAUCCCCCCGGUCCUGGCUCUCGUGCGAACGUGAGGGCACCCGAGCGGCGCCUGAAACGAGAAUCGGGUCGCUCGGUGCGCGAUGCGAACGGCGGGGAACGAGUAAAAGUUGGGUUGAAUGAAAACAAGCAGCGGGAGGAAGCGGGAACGGAUGAACGAUCAAUAGCCAUUGAGCACGCACGCAACGUCGUUUCGUCGAUUAUAAAGACGCAGAGAAAGUAAAAAAAGAGAGAGAGAGAGAGAGAGAGAACGCCGAGGAAAAGGGAAAGGCGCAGCUGAUCGACGGCGAUCGAGGGCGGCUCGCGAUCGGCGCGUCGUCGUCGAGAAUGGAGGAUAAAUUUAUCCGCGUCGCGAAGUGGAAUGCGGCAGAAGCGCGGAGGAAGAGUGGCACGAGAGCACCGCGGCACGCCGCAGUCGCAUUUCCGGUUUAAAUUUAACGCGCGCUGAUACGCGCGCUUUCGCAAUUAUAGCCGCCGCCAUGGAGGCCGCCGAAUUUAACUGGAGAGUAUACGAUGUCGGAAGGUGGACGUGCAGUGAUCUGGCACCUAGUAUCAGCCCCUCGUGCUGCACGCCACCCGAAAGAUUCACGUACUAACUGCUAGUCGCACCCGCGCGCGUGUAUGUUGAAACCCCCACCAGUUGCAGGGUGUACUGCACUGUAACCCCAUGACGCAUUUAACACAUGGCCCGCCUGGAGAUACCGAGUAUAGUGGUGUAUAAAGGAAGCAGGUCACAGGACCGACCUGAGAGUCCCACGGUGGUGGUGCGAGGAGGAAUGCCCUCACUGCCGUCCUCCAGGCAAGGCCUCGCCGUAAGUGGCUCCGGUGGUGGUGCACCCCAGGACGCCUCGGAGUCGGAUAUGAUAGACGGGAAUGCCAACCCCAACGUCGGCACCACCCCCGUACCGAACUCGCUCCACCGUCCCACGUCACUCUGCCCGCCGUCCGACAAAUCGGACACUGAAAGCAAGAACUUUCGCAAUCGGACGAACACGAAACUGAAGCUGUUAGUCAGAAGCCAUGCCAUGAGAGAAUCGACGUCCCCACCGCGGGAACCGCACGGCAACGGUCCAUCGUCGCCGCACAGUCCGCAAUCGGCGGACGGCGAGAAGAAGAUCGUGUGCAGCCUCUCGCCCAACUCCACCAACACCAAGCUCAACAACAACGAGUCCAUGUUCAACAGCAAUCUUUGUUCCGCUCAAUCCCCCAAGCAAAUGCGCAACACGGCGACCUCGCCGACCUGUCGGGCACCGUCGCGAAAUGGUCAAUCUAGUCCCUCUCAGGUACCCUCACCAAAGAGCAUCACUUCUCCGACCAAUAGCAAUAAAUUGGAGAACCAUCGCUCCAAAUUCGCUAGCGCGAAUAUCAUUCAAAAAUGCAAUAACUGUGUGAAGAACAAUCAAAAUGAACGGCCAGGUCUACUGCAGACUCCGAUAUCACCCACCAGAUCCGGUCAAGCGUUGCAGCAUUCGCCAAAGAGCACCAAUCUUGCUCCGUGCGGCCAGAAUAAUCAGCACAAAUCCGAGCAACGAAGGCCGAACACGUUGAACAUCUGCAACAAUCAGUGCUCGGCACAAUGCGGCAACACGCUCUCGGUGAGGCCCGGAUCUAGGCACAAGCUGAGACACCAGAACUCGUCCCAGGGCAGUUACGACAGCGCGUCGCCAUGCCUCUCGCGCGACAGUAGCACUGAACUGUACACGGACAGCACCGGGAUAGAUCUCGAGCAGUUCAUUGCGGAGACUAUAAAUCGCAAUCAGAAGGAUCGCACAGUGUUACUGAAGAUCGAGAAGGAUUUAAUCGAGUUCGCGAAGGACCGACAGAAGGUCUCACACAAGUUCCCGAACAUGUCGUCGUACAACAGGAUGCUGGUGCAUCGGGUGGCAGCUUACUUCGGAAUGGAGCACAACGUGGACCAGUCGGGUCUGAGCGUCAUCGUCACGCGGACGAAGAACAUGCGGAUACCGGACACUCGCUUCAAGGAGCACAUCAGAGAUGACUUGAUUCUAUCGGAAGAGCCGCGAAGAAGCAUCCUGAAACGGGACUCGAGCUCGUUCGAGGAUAGCUUCAACUUCAAAUCACCCGACAGACUGUCGGGCGACUGCUGCCGGCGCAGCAAGAGCUUCGAAGAGCGGGAGGAGGAGUACGAGCGCGCGAGACGGAGGAUAUUCAAGGACAGCAGCGGCGAGGGCAGCGAAGUCGCGUCCUGGCCGUGGUCCUCGACGGAGAGUUCGGAUGCCUCGGCAAGAUUUCGCUUGCUACACCCGGAUCACCUAGUCAGGUCAAAUCGACUACUGAAGGGCGAAUCCUUCGACGGAAGGGAUUCGUUCCGCAGCGCGGUGUUGCGCCCGUCCGUUUCUAAGUCAUACAGUUUCGGUGGCUACACCAAAGGCAUGCUGACGAGGGGGGACAGUGUCACGUCUACGCAUAGCGCGGGACCUCGCCUCAUGAAGCAAGAUUCAGGGGCGAGUAUGUGUUCACGCCUGAGCCCGAGCCGCUCGAGCAGUGGCUACAAAUCGCAGAGUCAGCGCAGCGACGCGACGAUAUCCCCAUCUCCGUCACCCUCCCCCGUGCCGGCCGCCAUGACGUGCAGCCACACUCAAGUAUCUAGUCAGGAUUUAGUCUCGCCGGAGACGGGCGGCGACCAGACAGUCAUGUGGGCAGUCACCAGUUUAUCCAGCGUGCCGCCCGGCAGCAUAAUAAUAAACCCGCAGACCAAUCAGCCAUAUACAAACUCGGACGGCACGAUUUAUCGCUACGACCCGGACAAUCGGCCAAAAUUCUUCGCGAUGGAAAACGAGAAUAGCACGGCGCUGUCCACUAACAAGCAGCAGCAACAGCAGCAGCAGCAACAACAACAACAGCAGCAGCAGCAGCAGCAGCAACAACAACAACAACACCACCACCACCACCACCAUACAGAAUUGCUUCCUGAGCCGUCCAGAACGACGAACGGUAACUUCAAGAACGAUGGCAGGAAGCAGAGGUCGUCGCAAUCGAGGAUCAACGUCACAACGGCGACUUCCGGGACCCAAGUAACGAACACGGCGACAUCGCCGAGUCUGCCGUUCACUCCGCCGCCGCCGCCGCCACCUCCACCUCCUCCCAUUUCUGCUCCGCAAAAUCCACCCGUUCAUCAACAACAAGCGCAACAACAGCAGCAGCAACAACAACAACAACAACAACAAGCUCAGCCACAGCAACAGACGCAGCCGCAGCAGCAAAGUCUAGUCAAAUCGUCAACGACACUACCGAUAUUUAGUCAUACUAACCAAACAGCUCAACAGCCGUACGCGACCUAUGUACCUACCUCAGAACCGUAUAAUCAGGGUGUCUAUCCGCCUCCCAUGGGGCAAUCAACUGUGAUGAUGGCGCCUCAUCCGACUCAGGGUCAAAUGAGCAUGCAAAAUGGCGGCCAGGGGGACGUCUUCAACCAGAAUCAGGUCUACACGAAUUACGCGGUACCUGUGCAUCAAGGACCAAUACCACAGUCAGGGGAUAUGGCCGAGUUGUCCGGAUACUUCUUGGGGAUGAACAUUUACGAUCAGCGUGGUAGUGGAGACAGUCACCCGACGCCUCCGCACUCCGCGUAUCCACCGCCGCCGCCCUCCGCAAACCAGACCGUGCAGAACGUGCAGUCGUUACAACCGAAUUAUUGGCAACCGCCGCCGCCGAAUCAAAUACCGCCCCAGCAGACUAUGUACUUCGUGCCUCCGCCCGGAACGACAAUCUCCGUCGGCCAGAAUCCGGGGGACAGGCAGCAGCUGCACCAGCAGCAGAGGUUCCCAACGAAUUAUUCGUUUAACGCGCAAACGAUGACACCUCCGAGCCAAGCAAGUUCUAAUUACGUCGGCAGUUAUCCGGUACCUUACAAUUCAGUGCCGGCAGUAACUCCGACGCCUGGCGACUAUACGUAUCAACCUCCGGUCCAAAUGGUUCCUACGUACUACCCGCCGGGACAGCCAGCGAUGCAGCCGCCGCCUGUGAUGUACAGAGUACCCACGCCACCGAACACGCCGACGUCUAGUCAGAUACCUGGUAUGCCGUUGAUGUACGUCAACUCGAGCAGCUACGCAUCUCCGGCAAUGGUGACCGGUGGAACGUUCGGACACCAGGUCACUCACAACGGCACGUCUCCGGCGCCACCUAGCGCAUACAUGGCACCCACGCUGGUUCCCAAUCUUGUCUUCAGGCAAAAUGUUCCUGUCGUUCCCAGCGUGCGGGCGACCACGCCAGGUAACUCCCAAAGAACCAGUCGGUCUCCAACUCCGGCGCACGAGCUCUUCGGAGGUGGGAGCGGAGACCGAAGCGCACAAUCUCAACCACGUUACCCACUGCCAAUGUAUCAGGGUGUCCAUAUCGUGCAAGGGGACAUGAGAUUGAUGCAUCCAGGCGUACCAUCCAACCCCCGGUUGCAGUAUGCACCAAUAUCAUCACCGCCUGUUGUUCAAGGCUGCCCGCGGCCGUACAGACCGCCUUCGUCUAACACCUCGGGGGCCGGCACGCCGACUUCCUUUGACGGCAGAAAUCAGAAAAUUCGUAAACAGAGGUCCAAAGUAACAUCUUUGCCACCGAGCGGCGCACGACCCAAUUUCUAUCAACCACCUUCCAUGUCAUCGCUCUCAUCAAAUGUACCGAAAGACAUCAGAGAAGGAACGGUGAAGGUGACCAUUAACCGUCGGAAUCAGGUACAAACAGGAUUUUAAGCAAAUGGAUCGGCAGGAUAACAUCGCUGAUAGUGCGAGUCACAAUCUCGAUUAUGAACAGCAAUCGAGAUUGGCAGCUUAUUUUACUGUUCAGAGAGAGAGGCUCGUAUUCUUAACACGUCAUGUUAAUUAUUACCCUGAAUACCUAUUUAAAGAGAAGCAAGAGAGACGUUAUUAGAAGAAUACACGCGUGCACGUACAUCUCGAGUGAAGAGAAGACUAAAUAUACUGUUACGCGAAUUGUCUUUUUUUUAGGGGACGGGGGACGACGCAAAAGAUGAAAUUUAACCCUUACUCGAAAGACUUUCAAUCGCACUGAAUUCACAGUACAACUGAAUUACCAUGACAAUGCAAAAGCGCGAGACGAGGGGGAAAAAAAGGACAAAACCGUGAUCACAAAUAUGUGACGUAAGAAACGAACGAAUCAGUGGUGUACCGAAUAGAGUUACUGGACAAAAUUUUAAUUACUAUUACAAUAUUAUUGUACGUGUGUGUGUAUGUAUGUAUAUACAUACGUAUAUAUACAUAUAUAUAUGUAUAUAUAUAAAAUACUUGAAGAUAUUUUAACUGCGGUUUUACAGAUACUAUGAAUGUGAGAUUUACUUUUAAGGAGCUUAUUAUUAAGGUCAAAGAAACACGAAUUUCCCGAGGUGGUCGCCACGGUGAUUUUCGACCGCCGCGAGAACGCGUAUAAUAAUUAAACUAAUUAUACAGGGGAAAAACGAAAAAAAAAGAGUACAGUUUACUGAGUACGUUUACAAGACGCGCGAAUCUUUCGGCUUAGCGUUAGUGGCGAUCCAAAAAGAAUGUUUCCAUUGUCUAUCUUAUCCGCUAAUUUUGAUACACUCGCUGCCAUCGCAUCGGUCAACGAAUGUUGCGUUAACGUCGCUGCCCAUUCUGAGUCCAUUUUUUGAACGAGUUGUCUGCUACCUCAGUGUAAUAUCUAUGAAAAUUCUAAAAGUUGGCCGCGCGUUGACGAUGCCAGCCCUUACGCUUUCCUCUAACACGUAUUUAUUGUACGUGAACAAUGAGAACCUCUUACACUCUUCGCAAAACGUUUACAUAUAAUUUCUACAAGCGUAUACUCUCUUUCUCUCUUUCUUGUAUCUUGGAAGUUUCUAUUGUGUUUUAUGAAAUACUAUAUAUCGACUUUGCAAGAGAAAAUUAUAAUCUGGAAAGAUAAAAAAAUUAACAUUUUACACUUUCACGACAUUCUGCGAUAUUCAACUAGAUAUAUCUCUAAUCAAUCAUAAUCCUCGAUUAUACCCGGUGAAUGUCAUAAGUAAAUAUGUAAACGUAUUCAGUACAUAAUCUUUAUGUCUAGUUUCAAACAGUAGUUAAGUAGCGUGAAGCCAUCACAGCCUGAAAAUUCACCGUUUGCGCUUUGUACUUGCGGAGAAAGAGAUGUCCGAAAUUACCUUAUUCUUAUUUUUUGCGAUAAUUUUCUGCGUUUAACACGGAUCACUGUCGGCGAUUUCGUUCGUUUGUAAUCACUUUUAAGUCUCGAAAGUGCGGAAUAAGUUAAAUUUGUCUUUUGUAUUACUAUGAUUCGUCUUCCAGUAUGCGAGCACGCUUUAUGAAUUUCGUGGAAAAAUUUCUUAUAUUGGCAUGCGCGUGCGCGGGUGUGUCCACAUGUGUGUGUGCGUGUGCGUGUGUGCGUGUGCGUGUGCGCGCGUGCUUAUGUAUGUAGAUGUACAUAAAAUACACCUGUCGCAUAUAUAUUUUAUAUGUGUAUAUAAUCAUAUAAAUAUAUACAUAUUUAUUUAUAUUAUACUAGAAAUCAUAUAUUUAUUAAAUAUUAUACUAGAAAAUACCAACGCGCUUUGCGCGCGCCAUUUAUUCCUAGCAUUAUAUAUCUUUAUCGGCAACAACUUGCUAAGUUCUCUUAAAAACAACCUGUCUGAUAUCUCUUAGACAGCUGCCAACUUCAAUCGCGCCUUGCUUUUAUUAUAUAUUAUAUAUUAAAUACAUCAUAAGUAAAUAUUAUAUAUAAUUAUAUACACAUUGAUUCUAUAUAUAUUAUAUUAUGCAUAACACAAGCAUCGUGAUAUAUAGUAUUAUGUUAUUUAUAUCACAAGCCUCAGGUGCAUUUAUGUACACAUACGUACACAUAUAUAUACAGAUAUAUAUCACACGACAGAUGUUAUUUUUCUCGCACACACUCGUUCCAACGAAAUAGAGACAUACGCGAUAUAUAUAUGUAUAUGUACAUGCGAUACAUAUGUACUACACCGGUAGGGGUGAUGGUGACACGCGGUCGCGGUAAUUAAUAACGUCUCCGUCUGUGAAAACUAGGCGGAUCGGCGCGGGCAGGUCUCGCGCGACUAGACUAUUAAUCGCGCGAUAUAUCGUUUUACUUUUAAAAAACGCGAAUUGACCCGUGCUCUCGCAAAACCAAAAAAAAAAAAAAAAGAUUAGCAAGUAGAGUAGUUGCCAGAAAAGAAAAGAUUAGUAAUCGACCGUUACCUCGUAGCGUAGAUCGCGAUCGCAAGGGUUGCCCGCGUCGCUUCGCGACACACAAAAAAACCAAGUGGAAUCCAUCCAGAAGCUUCGCUUACGAUGAUUGUACUUCAGAAACGUAGGUGAAGGUGCGCCUAUCUUUUUACGACGGUUCAAAUAAGAGAGGAGUAGCAUCCGGUGAAACACGCGAACCCUACGUCCGUUUAACCGUUAACGCGAAACGCGACCACAACGUUUUCCUCAUGAGGAAGCGCGACAAAAGUUCUAAUCCCGUUGUAAGCCAAGAGGAAAGAGAGAAAAAGACCAGAGACUCGAGCGGGUGUAGAAAAGCGGAAAAGAUGUAGAUACCAAGAUACACUUCGAUUCGUAAAGACAUGGGCGCACAACCAUAGUAUUUAACUGUACCUAAUGUCGUCGUAGUGAGUUAAAGAAAAAAAAAGAAGCAUAAUUGUACCUAUUAAGCAGAAAAGGCAGUUCACGCAUCUCUUUAAGAUAAAAACGACGGUAGGAGUGAAGGAGAGACAACGGUGGAGGAACUCAUCGGCCGUCGAACGCGAGAUCGCCAUCGAGGAUCGUCCGACACCUCGCGGCGCACCGUAUAUAUAUUUCGGAAGGCGUUCAAAAUCAUGUGAUCUAUUAAGUGUCUCUGCGCGCGAAGGACCGAAAAGGAGCAUGGGCGAGAGAAGAAAACGAAAGGAGAAAUCGUAUCAGGGUGAUGUCGUGCGGGACGUUUACAUUCGUCGAGGCUGCCGCUUCUCUCCUUUCCGAUAGAGCUCGGCGAACCAAAAGUCACGUAAAACUCGAGCGAAUAAUGCCGUGUUUACUCGUCUUCUCGUUUCGUUUAUUAACGCUUUACAGCGCGAAUGUAUUUCGACACAUCUGUGCGCGCUCGAUCGUCCGCACAAAAUUCCUUAAAUCCCCAUGGAAUUUAGAGAAUUUCUUACGUUAGAUCGUUGUAUUUACAUUUAAAUGUAUUUCACGCUGGAUGUGAAAGAGAGACUUUACAAAUUUGUCCGUUCGCACUGACGACGUGUGUUGUUCUCAGUGAACAUCCACCUCGGAUUCCCAUCUGAAAAGAGGGAUCGAUCGCGCGUACAGCAGGUGUGACGAACUUCUCAUCACCAUCGCUCACGAGUGACUUUUGUAAUUUUCCCUUCGUGCAUUCUAGAGAUUCAACGAAGAGACGGGAAGGAACACGACACAGGCAGUUCCAAAGGGACUCGGUCACCUCCCAAUCGCACCGAUUACGAACAAUUCUUAAAGAGAACGGGUGAUAUAAGCUUGCGAGACCUCACACAUUCGUUUCCUACUAUUUUUGUAAUGCGACGUAUGAUUGACAACGGCGAGCAAUAAAUCGGUGGAAGACAGGAUAGGAAGAGAGUAGAAGGAGCAUCGCGAUCUAUAAAAAAAAAAGAAUUGGAUAAAGUACGAAGUGGGUUUACACGCGAGUUUGCAACAUCGAUUGUCGCGCAAGAGAAUGUCAUCUCUAUCUCUCUCUCUUUCUCUCCCUGACCGUUGGAUAGAGUCCUUCCGUUGAUUUGAGCGUCCCUUUAAUGAUAACUGAAUCGUUGUUCUGCGCAUAACGGUCGCGAAAAAAUUGUUCGUUUCCUCAUUUGUUGUAUAAUACCGUUGAGACGCGACGGAGCGCGUUGCUUGCGGAGAAGCAGCGAGAGACACCGGCGCGCAGCUCCGCGUUCUCGCUACUUCUCGAUAAGAACGCGGGACACGUGUGUCAGAACGACGUGAGGAGUUAUCUUAACGUGUUACAGGAAGUGACGUAUUUUGCCGCUAAGCCGUUAUCUUUUUACCACGGUUGCUUAAGUUUAGACCGCAGAGCGAGCGAGAACCACGGUGAACACGACACUUGACAAGGCCGGUCGUGUCGUCAGGUCGAUUAGCGUCCCCGCGAACGGAUCGGCGAGCGAAUCCCUCAUGUUCAAUUACAACUGGAAUGCAGAUAAGACUGGCCGGUAGAGCAAACCAGUAUUUUAAAAUGCUUCUCACUCGAAUGGUUCUACCGUUGGGAUUGAAAAAUUGCGGGACAGCGAUAAGACCCAGCAAAUAGUUACAUAAUAUAUGUAUUAUAAUUUCCCAUUCAAUAAUGUAACUGCUACGUACAACAUAUAUUAUGUCACAUUAACAUCGUUGAAUGGGAAAUAAUAAACACUGAUGUUACGUGACUGUUGGUGCCUACUGGGAAAAGGAUUUUCACAAUUGCAAAAUUGUAAAUGUUAACGUUUAUUUAAUCGGUUUCCCGUGUCGGGCAACCUGGCAGCUUCAGCCGCGGUACAGAUGCGGGGGACGGAGAAUUGAGCCGGUCGCGCCCGGCCCUAAACGACCUGGCCGAUGAGAGAGACCGGUCCUGAAAGUUGCUCGGAUAACACGGACAAGUUGCGAGUGCGUACCGAUAUAUACAUAUAUAUUUUUUGCGCAUCGUGGCGGUAUCGGUAUCGUAAGGAUAAAUCACAGUGGCUGUGCCUCCGCGCUUAUAGGCAACGUACCUCACCGUGAUCGCGUUCUCUCCCGUUUUGCCGCAAUCCUGCUGACGACGAAGAGCCGAUGACUCGCGCCACUCGCCACUUCUCCGGAUGUCGGUCGUCGGGCAUGCAUAACACAUGCGUACAAGUAUUCAGGAAGAGAUAUAAAUAUAUAAUUUAUAUUUAUUACAAAGUAGGAUCUCCUGUGAAAGAAAAAUGAUAUUUCGGAUAUGUCCAUCGAUUUUUUUCGGCUGCAUGGGGAGAGCUACACCGCGUUGAGCUACGUGUAAUCUUAAUUAAGAGGAUGGAUAAGGAGAAGUCGAGACAGGAAGGGUAGUGUUGGCGGAGGAGCGAAAGGACCUGAAUUAUCUGUGUAUAAAUAUAAUCUAAGGUAACGAGAGGGCAACGAGAGAGAGAGAGAGACGGGCAAGGCGAAGCAAUUGACAAUUCUGUGGCGUUAAUAAAAGAGCUAUAUUAUACUCA